GAAUCACUCUCUAUGGCGGCCAACUGGUUCGCUGGCGAGCGGCCACAGCACUGUACAAGAUCUGAUUAAGUUUACCUUACCCACCUCACCUGUGAUACCGGUAUCUCCAUAUUUCUGGGGAUUGCGGAAGGCGAGCCUCUCCGUUAUAUCUACGGCCGGAUGUUGUGGAGCGUGACAAUGAAAUUUCUGUGACCUGUGACAAUGGGUGCGUCUCACUCUUUUGGAUAUAAUGAUAUUAUUCCAUGCGCAGCACCGGUAGGGGGCUUCCGGCUUUGUUCUGCUGAACGAUCCCAACUCCCAUAGCACUAUCCACCCUCAGCAUGUGACGAUCGCCCUGUAGCCUACGACCUUCCUUCCGAUGCCAUAGAAUCCAUUAUCAGCAGUCAUGCACCCGUAAAAUGUUCCUCGGGACUCGGUGCCCUCGGCUUCACCGAAAAAAAAGAAAAGAAAAACAAACCCUGAAUCCACGUUCUCGCACCUGAACCCCGUUUCCUCUCCCUUUCAGACUUACCCCAGAUCCUCCCUCUCCCCUACCUCUCUUCUCUCCCCUUCCUCAGUCACCCUAGACGUUAUAGUUAUCCCGGGGAUUUGAAAGCUGGUUAACGUAGUCCUCUCUCGCCUUCACGAUUCACCAUGUGCACGGAUCCGGCCCUAGAGUAUGGAAAGACCCUUCUCCCUCUCCCUCCUCCUGGGAGCCCUCAUGCUGUCCCAGUAGCUGGAUCUGAGAAGGAGGGGCACACGCCAGCCUUUCGUCACUGGCGCGCCGACCCUAAAGGGGAGUUAAUGAGAUCUCUGGACCCAAGGGUAAGUCCCCCUUAGGGUUGCUUCUUUGGGGGUCGCGACAAGACCUUCCCAGUGCCCUAUCAUCCGGCCCGAAUGAGCAAUUGCUAAUGUAUGCUUGCAUCUCUAGAUAAACACCAUUCAUGAUGCUUUCGAAGCGGCUUGUGCGACCUCCUCCCAUACUUCACGCUGUGUAUUACUGUGGACUGACGGAUGCUUGAUAGGUCAAAAAUGGCCUGACAACAACUGUUUAGGAUGGCGAGAACAGAACAAUGCAACCGGCGCCUGGGGUCCUUAUGUUUGGAUGAACUAUGUAACUGUCCAGAGGAAACGUGCGGAUAUAGGCGCUGGCCUUUCCUAUCUGCACAUUGCUCAUGGUGUAAGUUUCUUCCGGGAUGGUGUCCUCAAAACUUUGGGGCUAAAGUUGAGCAUAAAAGGUUACCGAGGGGCAAUUUGGUAUUGGUUUAUGGUCACAAAAUCGUCCGGAAUGGCAGAUUACCGAUUUAGCAGCCAUGUCCCAAUCGCUUUAUACCGUUAGUAUCUACGAUACGCUGGGACCGGAGACUACGGAAUAUAUUAUCAAUCAUGCCGAGCUUCCCUCUGUUGUUUGUAGCUUAAACGUAUAUAUCUAUAAUACCUCUACGUUGAUUGCUUACUUACCGAACUCCCUAUAGCAUGUUCCUACCCUACUUUCUAUGAGGGACAAAUUACCAACCCUCAGAUUCAUCGUUUCUCUUGAUCCCCUUGAGCAGGAGAGAGAACCCUCUGGAAACACUAAGAAAGCUUUGUUGGACGCUUGGGCGAAAGAGAAGGGUAUCAGAAUUUACUCGUUGACAGAAGGUAUCAUAGCUCUGAUUUCUUUUUCUUUUUUCUGAACACCCUUUAACCUAAUUUCCGAAAAUGGAGCUGACAAGAUUUGGAAGUCGAAUCCAUUGGACAACAACACCCAAAGCCCUGCGUACCCCCAACCCGGGAUGAUCCCAUAACCAUAAAUUAUACAUCAGGCACAACCGGAAAUCCCAAGGGUGUAUGGCUCACCCAUGGCAACGCGGUGGCAGCUGUCACUUGUGCGAUGACUACCACAAUCCACGGUGGGCCAACAGACCUAAUGCUCUCGUACCUGCCAUUAGCCCAUAUCUUUGCUCGUCUGGCCGAGCAAGUCGCUUUGUGGGGAGGUUCAGCUAUUGGGUACUUCCAUGGUAAUGUCCUUGAGCUUCUGGAUGAUAUCAAGGCGCUGCGCCCAACCACCUUCAUAUCUGUCCCACGUCUUUACAAUAGAUUUCAUACUUCGAUUAAAGCUGCCACGGUUGAACAGCCUGGAAUUAGAGGCGCCCUAUCGCGUCAUGUUGUGAAUGCCAAACUUGAAAAUAUGGAGAAGAAUGGCAGUAACAAGCACAUGUUCUAUGACCGCAUCUGGACAAAUAAGGUCAGGGCGGGAAUUGGCUUUGAUCGACUCCGUGCAAGUGUAACGGGUUCUGCACCAAUCUCACCUACGGUCCUCUCGUUUCUUCGUGUGGUCUUUGCAAACAGCUUUUACGAAGGCUUUGGAAUGACUGAAACCUAUGCUGCGACUAUCGGCCAGCUGGGCGGUGAUAACUCAGCCGGAAACUGUGGACCUCCUUGUAUCAACGUUGAGGUCCGGCUCAGAGAUGUCCCCGAUAUGGGGUACACUAGUAAGGACAAGCCAUAUCCCCGCGGAGAGCUCUUGACAAGGGGUCCCACAGUUUUUAAAACUUAUUAUAGAGCGCCGGAGGCGACGGCUAGCGUAUUUGAUCAGGACGGUUGGUUUGCAACGGGAGACAUAUGCUCGGUUGACGAAUUGGGGCGGUUCAAGGUGAUUGAUCGUGUUAAGAACUUGUUGAAGCUUGCUCAAGGGGAAUAUGUGUCUCCCGAAAAGGUGGAGAACACUUAUCUUGGAAACAUGAAUCUUUUCGCUCAGGCAUAUGGUUAGUCAGACUUCCUGUACAACUAUCCAGGAGCUAACAAGAAGCUUUAGUCUACGGCGAUUCACUUCAGCCAUUCCUUGUUGCCAUCUUUGGUGUCGAUAGAGAUCAUUUUUCAAGCUUUGCUAGCAAAGUCCUCAAGAAGACUGUCUCUGCAACUGACGAACAGGCUAUCAAGGCGGCCUGUGAUAAUAAGGAAGUGAUCCAUGCUGUCCUCCGCGAGAUGGACCGGGUCGCGAAGAAAACUGGGAUGACCGGGUAUGAGAGGGUUAGGAAUAUCCAGCUCCGAAUAGACCCCUUCACAAUUGAGAAUGACCUCUUGACACCAACUUUGAAGCUCAAGAGGCCCCCGGUUGCGAAAAUGUACAAGAAAGAGCUUGGUGCCCUUUAUGAAGAGAAAUUGGCGGCACUAGCUCCCAAGGCUAAGUUAUAGGUGCUUUGUAUACCGGGGGGGGGGUUUACUUCUUUUUAUUUUUUAUUAUGCACGGGUUUUCACUCUUAUUUUCUUAUGUUGCUUUGUGGGUGGGUUGGGCGCACGGGAUUACGCUGCAGAUGCCCGGAAGCUAGAUAAUGCGAACUUUUGACUAGCGCCGUCUA